AUGGCUCCAACACAUCCGAUAAGAUUGGGAUUGGCACUAAAUUUCUCAGUGUUUUACUAUGAGAUUUUCAAUUCAUCUAACAGGGCUUGCAACAUGGCUAAACAGGCAUUCGAGGAAUCCAUUGCUGAGCUGGACACCUUGGGUGAAGAAUCCUACAAGGAUAGAACUUUGAUUAUGCAAAUGUUAAGGGACAAUUUAACUAUAUGGACUUCAGAUGCACUGGUUAAAGCCAUGUUAUCCUCUACCUAUCUCUCUCUCAUAUAUGACUGA